ACCCGAUAGUGCGAGCAUCGUCAUCUAGAGUGGGUGGAUUUUCAGCUGCAUUAGAUCUUGCAUGGCGACGCCCGGCAGGCUCGCGUAGGAGAUGCAGAUGGCGUAUCUGAUGCGGUUUAGUGGAAUGCCGAAGACCCGAGGUUUGUACUAUGUAGAGGCGAUGACGAUGGUUGGAGAUGUGAAGCUGUGAGGGAUGAAGGAUAUAAGAGGGAGGUGGUGGACGGCAUUGGUUUUGGGAUUCAUCACUCACAACAGCAUCAACACAAUCAACACAUCAAAGCAAUCAAUCCAACAAUCAAGCAUCAACAUCUAAUUUCAUCUUUCAAAAACAUCUUUCAAUACAACAUCUUACAUACAGCAUCUACAUAGCUGCUCAGUAUCAAACCACCUCACACAAACCAACUCUCAACACCUAAUCAAUCCAAUCAAACAAUAACAUCAACAACAUCUUCAUCAUGCCUUCCACUACCCCCAUCAACUCUGGUGACCGCUUCGACUUCAUCGUCGUCGGUGGCGGCACUGCCGGUAACACCGUUGCCGGUCGUCUCGCUGAGAACCCCAAUGUCCGCAUCCUCAUCGUCGAGGCCGGUGUUGCCAACCCCGACCAGCUGAAGGAGAUCAUGACCCCCUCCAACGCCAUGAACCUCCGUGGCAGCAAGCAUGACUGGGCCUACAAGACCACCAUUGUCAAGCGUGACGACUACGAGCGUAUCGAGAAGCCCAACACCCGUGGCAAGAUCCUCGGUGGCAGCUCUUCUCUCAACUACUUCACUUGGAUCCCCGGAUGCAAGCCUACCUUUGAUAUGUGGGCUGAGUACGGUGGCGAGGAGUGGACUUGGGAUCCUCUUGUCCCUUACCUGCGCAAGAGUGUCACCUACCACGACGACGAGGGCCUCUACGACCCUGAGCUGGCCAAGAUUGGCUCUGGCGGUCCCAUCAACGUCUCCCACGCCGAGCUCCUCCCUGAGAUGGCUCCCUUCCGUGAUGCCCUCACCAAGGCCUGGACCUCCAUGGGCGAGCCCCUGACUGAGAACAUCUACGAUGGUGAGAUGAUUGGUCUGUACCACUGCGCCGACACCAUCUACAAGGGCCAGCGAAACGGCAGCUUCCUCUUCCUCAAGAACAAGCCCAACAUCACUGUCCUCACCGAGGUGCACUCCAAGAAGCUCCUCAUCGACUACGCCGACCGCACCUGCAGGGGUGUCACCGUUGUCGGCGCCGACGGCAAGGAGCUCAGCUUCUACGCCGACCGCGAAGUCAUCCUGUCUCAGGGUGUCUACGGAAGCCCUCAGCUGCUCAUGCUCAGCGGUAUCGGUCCCGCUCGCGAGCUGGCCAAGCACAACAUUGAGUGCAUUGUCGACUCCCGCCACGUCGGCCAGAACCUGAUUGACCACCCGGCUGUGCCCUUCGUCCUCAAGGUCAAGGACGAGUACGGCAUGGACAACACCAUUCUCCGCAAGAACCAGGCCAAUGUCCAGGCCCACGCCGCCUACGACAAGGACUUCUCCGGCCCUGUUGGCUCUGGCUUCCUCGAGAUGGUCGGCUUCCCCCGUAUCGACAAGUACCUUGCCAAGGACCCCGUCUACAGCGCCGCCGUCAAGGCCAACGGUGGAAAGGAUCCUCUCUGCCCCGACGGCCAGCCUCACUUCGAGCUGGACUUUGUCUCCAUCUUCGGAAGCGCCUUCCAGUGGCACUACCCCGUCCCCAAGGUCGGUGCUCACACCACCGUCGUCGUCGACCUGGUGCGACCCAUCUCCAAGCCUGGUGAAGUCACCCUGGCCAGCAACAACUACCUGGACAACCCCAACAUCAACCUCAACUUCUUCGAGAGCGAGCUCGACAUCAUCGCCAUGCGCGAGGGUAUCCGCUUCAGCUACGACCUCCUGACCAAGGGCGAGGGCUUCAAGGACCUCGUUGUCGACGAGUACCCCUGGGACAUGCCCCUCGACAACGACGAGGAGAUGCGCAGGGUCGUCCUCGACCGAUGCCAGACCGCCUUCCACCCUUGCGGCAGUGCCCGUCUCUCCAAGAACAUUGAGCAGGGUGUCGUCGACCCGGCCCUCAAGGUCCACGGAGUCAAGAACCUGCGUGUCAUUGACGCCUCCAUCAUGCCCGUCAUCCCCGACUGCCGAAUCCAGAACUCGGUCUACAUGGUUGGCGAGAAGGGCGCCGACAUGAUCAAGGCUACCUACAAGGACCUCUACUAAAAAGUUUUCCCACAGGCUUGUGAGAAAGCUUUCAACUGUUACCUCUAGGAUGUUCUAAUUGGGUGGAUACCAUAGAUUUCCUUUGUGUGUUUACACUGACGCGAGUUUUGGCGUGAGCGAGUUUUGGUUGGAUAGUUGAGUACACGAUAGUCUUUAAUUGAUAUGAUGCUA